CGCUUGCGUCGUGCGCCAAAUUCACUUGAACCGCGUGCGCCGCAGCGCAAAUGGGAGCGGCGUUCUACGAGGAGUGGUGGUUCCUGGUGGUGGUGGCGCUGACCAGCCUCAUCCUCAUCCUCCUCCUCGUCUUCGUGCUCAUCAUCCGCGGCCAGAACCAGAAGUACUCGCGCAAGUCCGACUCCAGCAGCACGCCGCGCGCGGGCGCCAACGAGGAGAUCACGAGCCUGGAGGGCGGCUUCACCACGCUGGAGCUCAACAACCGCCGCCUCUCCGUCAAGACCGCCCUCUACAAGCGCAAUGGCACCUACGCACGCUCCCCUCCGCGCCCCUCGCCCGGCACGCUGCGCUACUCCGACGAGGACCUCACCGCCAAGUACGAGGUGACGGCGGCGGAGAGCAGCAGCCUCACCGAGAAGCCCUCCGAGCUCUCCGAGUCAGAGGCGAGCGAGGAGGACGACUUCGGCUCGGACCCGGUCAAGUGCAACUCCCACUCAUUCGUCAACCACUACAUGAGCGAGCCGGGUUACUACAGCUCGUGGCGACGCCAGCCCAAGGGGCUGUCGCGCUCGCCGCAGCCGUGCGGGCCCUACCUGGCCGACGCCGAGCACUCCGAGUCGGGCGAUCGCACGCCGCCAGCCCUCACCCCCUCUCUGCCCCACCACCACCACCCCCACCACCACCCGCACCACCACCCCCAGCACCACCCGCACCACCCGCAGCACGGCAUGUACGUCUCAUCGGCCACGGCCUCUUCCAACGGCCCUGCCGGUGGCGGGGGCGGCGGUGGCGGCGGCGGCCCGGGGAGCGGCGCCGCCAGCCCGCUCGUCGGGCUCUUCGUGUCGGCGUCGGCGAACGGGUUGGGGCCCGGCACGCGGCCUCCGGUAGCCGGCUUCUCUUCCUUCGUUUAAGCCGAACGCCGAGACAACGCCGAGAUUCGCGGUUUCCUGCGGUUGGAUUUGACGCGAUAGUUAGGAUCGUUACUACGUUCGUUUUGUACGAAGGAGCCGGGUUGGCAGGGUUUUUCAGGCGAACCAGCCUGGCGAUGGAACGCGUGGCGUAGUCGUGAACUCAAGGCUC